AUGCCCGAUGCCCGAUCGUAUGCUCAUGGUCUGCACGUGAGGAAAUCGAUUUUUGGAAUAUUUCCAGUGUAUGCAUUGUCAAGAUAUUCUCUGAUCUCAUAUCGUGACAUCGUGUGCUCCUGCCAUGGACAAUGUUACGCUCUGCAUCGUUCAAAAACUGUGUGUGUAGCAUGCCAAGGAUCUGAUUUCCUGGUACUGGUACGCUGUGCACCCUUCGUAAAUGUCCCGCUGGUCAAGACUUUGUGGAGUCGGAUUGCGCACAUGCGCCGAGUGAGCCGAAUAGAUCUUUUUCGAUAUCGGAUCAUGCCUAUAGUGCUUGAUUUGCACCAGCGAAUACGCCUUAGGUGA